GUCGGUGCCCCGGAAGCCGUAGGCCCCGGGAUUCGGAAGUAGGGCGUCAGUUCUACGGGGAAUUGUAGUUCCGCCGAGCGCCGAAACGGGGAUAGCGCCCGGGCGGCAUGGCCGGGCUGGAGCUCCUGUCGGACCAGGGCUACCGAGUGGACGGGCGGCGCGCUGGGGAGCUGCGCAAGAUACAGGCGCGGAUGGGUGUAUUCGCGCAGGCCGACGGUUCGGCCUACAUCGAACAGGGCAACACCAAGGCGCUGGCGGUGGUCUACGGGCCUCACGAGAUCCGAGGCUCCCGGGCACGAGCCCUGCCUGACCGGGCCCUGGUGAACUGUCAAUACAGUUCUGCAACCUUCAGCACAGGCGAGCGCAAGCGGCGGCCACACGGGGACCGCAAGUCCUGCGAGAUGGGUCUGCAGCUGCGUCAGACCUUCGAGGCAGCCAUCCUUACACAGCUGCACCCACGCUCCCAGAUUGACAUCUAUGUGCAGGUGCUGCAGGCAGACGGCGGGACCUACGCAGCUUGUGUGAAUGCAGCCACGCUGGCAGUGUUGGACGCGGGGAUACCCAUGCGGGACUUUGUGUGUGCCUGCUCAGCUGGCUUUGUGGAUGGGACGGCCUUGGCAGACCUCAGCCACGUGGAGGAAGCAGCUGGGGGCCCCCAGCUGGCCCUGGCCCUGCUACCAGCCUCAGGCCAGAUUGCACUGCUUGAGAUGGAUGCCAGGCUGCAUGAAGACCACCUGGAGCAGGUGCUAGAGGCCGCUGCCCGGGCUUCCCGGGAUGUACACACCGUACUGGACCGUGUGGUCCGGCAGCAUGUACAAGAGGCCUCUGUCUUGCUCGGGGACUGAGCACAUGGCCACCCAGGCCCAGAAUAAAACCCAAGCACCUUCUACUGUA